AUGCCGGGAUCUUUCGUUAUUGUUGGUAACUCUGGAAAGAAGAUCUCUCUAGAGCAUGCAUCUCAUCCAUGCCCACGUUGCAAGAACCACGCAUCUGUCCAGUUGACUCGUUCCGAAAAGCAACUUAUUGUUCUCAACAAACGCAUUGCCAACAACAUGCGUGUGCGUUACGAGUGCUCAAAAUGCAACUGGAAGAAUGAGGAACUUCCUUACGACAACACGAUGCUUUCACAACUCCAGCAAUAUCUUGCUAGCACACCCGAGGAUGAGCAAUUCACCUACUAUUUUUCAUCAUCUCCACCUUCCUCGGAUAUUCGCAUCCCUGCUACUUCAGCCUAUUGA